ACCUCUUCUAGAAACGCUGAAAACCAUUCUUAUCUGCGCCCGCACAUACAUAUUAUUUUCGGUUUUUCACCACUUGAUCUGAGCUAUAUAACCGUGUCUCCAGUCUCCACCUAAAACACCAAUCCCACAAACCAUCCCUCCGACUUCAGAUCUUCACUUGUCCUCGGUAUCAUCUUCCGAACCGAAGAGCAUGAGCAACAACACCGGCAACCAAGAUUCACGACCCCAGUACCCUCCCAAUCCCCUGUCUGAAAGAGAGACAAACCCCUUUUCUCAAGAACCACCAUCCAAAGAGAUGGACACCAAUCCAUUUCACCAAGAACCACCACCCAAGGAGAUGGAAACCAACCCAUUUCACCAAGAACCACCCUCGCUGAGAGAGGCACCUCCUCUCUUUCCAUCCAUGCCUGCUUCCGCACCAACAGAUGAAAGAAACCCUUUUCACCAAGAGCCAAGAGAACCACAAUCUCACCUCCCUUCUGCGUACCCUCCUCCCCCAGCAGAAGAAACAGCAGUCCCGAUUCGCCGAGAACCAUCGUCGAAAAGCAUCCAAGAGAAUGAAUCUCCUCCUCCUCCUCCGCAAUAUGUUGCAUCAUGUUCUUCUUCAUCUCAACCGCCCUGUGAGGGAGAGAGUGCAGAGAAAUGGGGGACUCAUGUGAUGGGGACACCGGCUGUUCCCACGAUUCACCCUGAUAACAAGAAGGCUGCCUUCUGGGGAGCCACCGAGGCUCAAGCUCAGUCCCAUCAUCAUCCUUAUCUCCAGUACAGUCCGAUUGAAAGAUCAUCGGGCUCAAGUAGUAGUCCUAUGGAGAACAUCCUGCAUAUGUUCAACUCAUGGAGUCAUAAGGCCGAGAAAGUAGCCACCAACGUUUGGCAAAACCUGAAAACUGGCUCAUCUGUGUCCGGAGCUGCAUGGGCGAAGGUCAACUUAAGAGCCAAGGCCAUCACCGGAGGGGGGUUCGAGACUCUUUACAAGCAGACUUUCGCAACCUAUCAAAAUGAGACGCUCAGGAAGAAUUUUGCAUGUUACUUGUCCACGACAACCGGACCAGUUGCCGGGACUCUCUAUCUCUCUAACAUUCACGCUGCGUUCUGCAGCGACCGCCCCUUAUCCUUCACCGCGCCGUCUGGUCAGGUCACUUGGAGCUACUACAAGGUGAUGGUGCCCCUAGGCCAAAUUGGCGCCGUAAACCCCGUGGUGAUGAGAGAGGGUCAAUCAGAGAAGUACAUUCAGAUCGUUACAUUCGACGGGCACGAUUUCUGGUUCAUGGGCUUUGUCAAUUACGAGAAGGCAACUCGCCAUCUGACACAGAGCAUCUCCGCAUUCGUAGCACCCGGUGUUGCUGUACCACAACUGCCUCCACCUCCGCCACCAGCUGCUGCAUAAGAUUCUCUCCCGGAUUAUUUCCCUUAUACGACCUUGUAUUUUUCUCGGCGCGUUGUUUGUCAUAUUCCAGAGUGCCAUCUUUUUUUCCCCAGUUUUCUUUUUCUGGUCUAACUGUUUGUCGGAGUUUAAUUCAUUGGAUUUUAGCCGUACAAAUUACAUAUGCGGUGGCACCACGGUCAUGCAUGCUUUUUCCGAAUUCCUGAUGCAGGAUGGAAUUUACAGAGAAAUUUCUGAGCUUCGUGAUGUUUUUCAAAA